AUUUACUUUUAAAUAGUGUUGUUCUCCAUUGUGUUAUGAUUUUGUUUUUGUGAUAAAGAAGUGAUUGCUUUUUAAAAUGACGGGAGCAGCUGGGAAUGACGAGCAUGAACCUCUUAUUGCUUCGUCUGUUGAUAAUCAACGGGUCACAUACAACAAUUCGCCUCAGGAUGCAAACACGCCAUCUCAAUCACCACGCACCAGCGGCGGUGAAGUCACCCUAGGACUGUCCUCCCACCGCAACUAUGGCGCCAUUGGAGCCACCGAGAAGGUCACGUACACCUGGGCGGAUGUCAACGCCUUCGCCACGGAGUCACGAUCCAGGUCCCGCCGCUUCUGGCACUUCUGGAAGCCGUCAGCCAGCACCAUGUUUCAACAGAGGAAGCAGCUGCUGAGAAGUGUCAACGGCGCAGCAUACCCAGGCGAGCUGCUAGCCAUAAUGGGUUCUUCAGGGGCGGGGAAGACCACACUCCUCAACACGCUGACCUUCCGCACUCCGAGCGGCGUGGUGGCCAGUGGCACCAGGGCUCUGAACGGCCAGCCAGCCACUCCUGAAGCUCUCGCAGCCAUGUCAGCGUAUGUCCAGCAACAGGAUCUCUUUAUUGGCACUCUGACAGUGCGAGAGCAUUUGAUAUUCCAGGCCUUAGUGCGCAUGGACCGCCACAUACCGUAUGCGCAGCGCAUGCGUCGAGUGCAGGAGGUUAUAUCAGAGUUGGCGCUAUCGAAAUGCCAGAACACAGUGAUCGGCAUCCCUGGUCGACUGAAGGGCAUCUCUGGAGGGGAAAUGAAGAGGCUCUCCUUCGCUAGUGAGGUCCUCACCGACCCUCCUCUCAUGUUCUGCGAUGAGCCCACCUCUGGGCUCGACUCCUUCAUGGCGCAGAAUGUUAUUCAGGUACUGAAAGGUCUAGCUCAAAAGGGCAAGACGGUGAUCUGCACGAUCCACCAGCCGUCAUCCGAGCUGUAUGCCAUGUUCGACAAGCUGCUCAUCAUGGCUGACGGCCGCGUUGCCUUCCUCGGCUCUCCGGACCAGGCCACUGAGUUCUUCAAAGAACUGGGCGCAGCAUGUCCAGCUAACUACAACCCGGCGGACCACUUCAUCCAGCUGCUGGCCGGGGUGCCGGGCCGCGAGGAGGCCACCAGGCACACUAUCGACACCGUCUGCACCGCCUUUGCCAAGUCUGAGCUAGGCUGCAGCAUCGCUGCUGAAGCUGAGAACGUCCUCUACAAUGAGCGCAAGAUGGCGUCAGGCUGGGCGGACGUGGCGUGGUCGAGUACCGCGGCGCUGCGUGCGCGCCGAUCCCCAUACAAGGCGUCGUGGUGUGCGCAGUUCCGGGCCGUGUUGUGGCGCUCCUGGCUUUCUGUCACUAAGGAGCCCAUGCUCAUCAAAGUUCGCUUCCUACAGACCAUUAUGGUGUCAAUCCUGAUCGGCGUGAUCUACUUCGGCCAGCACCUUGACCAGGAUGGCGUGAUGAACAUCAACGGAGCCAUCUUCAUGUUCCUCACCAAUAUGACCUUCCAGAACAUCUUCGCUGUUAUCAACGUAUUCUGCUCAGAGCUACCGAUCUUCAUCCGGGAGCACCAUUCAGGGAUGUACAGAGCUGAUGUAUACUUCCUCUCAAAGACCCUGGCUGAGGCGCCGGUGUUCGCCACCAUUCCUCUAGUCUUCACCACCAUAGCUUACUACAUGAUUGGGUUGAAUCCGGCUCCUGAGAGGUUCUUCAUAGCUUCAGGCUUGGCGGCGCUCAUUACCAAUGUUGCGACCUCAUUCGGUUACCUGAUCUCCUGUGCCAGCAGUAGUGUCAGCAUGGCAGCGUCAGUGGGCCCGCCCAUCAUCAUACCAUUCAUGCUGUUUGGAGGGUUCUUCCUCAACUCAGGGUCCGUUCCACCGUACCUCGGCUGGAUAUCCUAUCUGUCCUGGUUCCGGUACGGCAAUGAAGCUCUGCUGAUCAACCAGUGGUCAGGAGUGGACUCUAUCGCGUGUACGAGGGAGAACUUCACAUGUCCAGCUUCAGGCCAAGUGGUUCUUGACACGCUGAGCUUUUCUGAGGACGACUUCACAAUGGACGUGGUGAACAUGGUGCUGCUGUUCAUCGGGUUCCGUCUCCUCGCCUACAUCGCUCUCCUGCUGCGCACGCGCCGCGGAAAGUAGACUUAUGUAGCUAUAACAUUAUAGAACAAAGGUGCAACUACUUGUAGGUCAUUAAAUGGAUGUAUAUCUGUGCAUAAGUAUGUAUAAGUAAUUGUUAUAAUACAAUAAUUGUGUCGACAGGAAUAUUAGAUGUAAUUUAUUUGUCAAAUAAAAUGUAACUAAUUAUAAAUUUCAUUUAUCCCUUUAAUUAUAAAUUCUUUUUUUUUUAUUUAGAAUAUGUAUCUAAGUAUUAUAUUUAUAUAUUGGUACGUUUACUAUUUUGUGGAUCUAUGAGUGCUAAACUGCUAGAAUAAUUCACUUCUUGUAACGCUAAGCGUAGUGCAUAUUUUGUUGCGUUUAAGUGUGUUAUUUUGGGCAAGGAAGUCAUUUUCAGAUUAGUGGUUCCGAUUCUUGCACACACCUCCUAAUUUUAAUGACGUUUUCUUAUCCGCCGAAAACUAAAGGGACGGAUGAUUGACAACUGUUAAUUUUAAAAUGAAUGAAUAACCCGGGCGAAUAAAAUAGGCAUCUCGCAAAAAAAUCUAGUUCUAAGUAACUCGAAUAUCUAGUAGUUACUGUCGAAAAAUGACCAAUAAACGGGACUGUGCGGGACAUCUAUCUCAAGUUUGAAAUGGUCUGUCCCGUCAAAAGCGAGAUAUCUGGUUACGCUGUUACCUAAUUAUAAUUAGACUAUUCAUUUAUUAUAAUUAGAAUAGGUACCUAGUGCAUAGACAAUAGGUGCACUAAGGCGUUUUACAACUACUUAUAAUAUUGUAAUGAAUUAUAUCAAUAAAUGUUUUAUUACAUUUGAAUUAAGAGAUAAUAUUGAUGAUUGUUAUUUAAAUU